CGACCAGAUCCUGGAGGUGAACGGGUGCAGCUUCCUGGGUAUCCCCCAUGACGAGGCGGUGCGCGUGCUCAAGUCAUCGCGCCACCUGAUGAUGACGGUGAAGGACGUGGGGCGCCUGCCACAUGCCAGGACAGUAGUGGGGGAGACCAAGUGGAUUGCCAGCUCCCAAAUCGCAGAGAGCUCCGCCAGCGGCAGUGUGGCUGGCUUGUCCAUGGACCAAGGAGCAUCAGGAAAGCUGGUGUUCUAUAAGGGUAUGGCUGGCUCCCAGGUGACCCUGUCCAGCCUGGUAAACCAGAGCAGAGCCAUGCUGGAGGAACAGGCCCGCCACCUGCUGACAGAGACUGAGAGGCAGACCAUGGGCUACUACAUGGAGGAGUACCAAGACGGACACAUAGGGGUGGAGCAGCUGGUCUUGGCCCUGUUUGAACUGCUCAACACACAUGCCAAGUUCGCCCUGCUAUCAGAGGUGCGUGGCCUGGUAACUCCCCAGGAUCUGAAGCGUUUCGAUGGGAUGGUGCUGCGCCGCGAGAUCCAGGCUUUGGAGGCUCGGCAGGGGGGUGUCGGUGCGGCCGCCCUCCACUCUGACUCCAUCUCCAUGGUCUCCUACCCAGAUACCCUGGCCUCCUCGUCAGCCAGCUACAUGACCUCCACCACCCUCAGCUCUGCACGGAAUGACAGUAUGGUGGAGAGUAAUGGGGAGGAGCCUCAAGAGAGUCUGGAUGAUGCACUGCCUGACGUCUCUCUGGAUGAGGUGCAUUCCACAUCCGAAUCUCCCCCCACCUUCAAACCCCCACCCCCUCCAGGGCUGCAGAGGCAUCCCAGCAGACGAGACCAGGUCAAAAAACGCCCUUCCUCCGAGUCCUCCUAUUCUGGACUCUACUUCACCGCCCCUGCCCAUAACCCACCCAAGGACCAGAGAGGGGACCAAGGGUCCCCCUCCUCACCCAAGGUCCCCCCCAAAAGGAUUUCUCUGUCCCCCAUAAGAGGGACCCCUCCGUCCCCCAUAAGAAGGAGAUGGCAAAUGCCAAGUUUUCCAUGGUCAACAAGCACGCCAUAGGCCCCUUCCCUAGAGUCCAGUCCCCUACUAAGACCACCAAACCUGCCGCUCCCUCCCCAUAUCUACCCCCUCCCCCUCCACUCCCUGCCCCAUCCACACCCCCUCCCCUUCCACACAGCCCGGACAAGGCCUCCUCUGGCUCCAACAAACAGCACUUUGUCAUGGUGGAGGUCCACAGGCCCAAUGCAGAGUCUGACGUCAACAAGGUGCGGUCCCUGCCC